AACCCAAGGUAUUGAAACUUCAGAAGAGACCCAAGAAUCCAUUAAGAAGAUACAGGAAAGCUGUUACUAUUCAAAAGGAUACCUAGAGAGAUCAGACAUUCCAUAAGCAGCACAAUACGGAAUGAGGUAGACUCAAUAGUAACUGAGAUUUCAAAGUGCUUCACUCCUGCAGUACCCUCACAUCCUAAAAAAGUCGAAAUAAAGGAAAUAACAGCAAAAAGACAAAAUGAUUACAAUUCUAAUACUUUCGGAUUGACCGAAAUUGAUUCUUCAAACAAGUUGUUCUCAAGGCCGAACCUUGACUACCCGAUGAUCCUUGAAAACGUAAUCAGCGUCGAAGACAUUACUAAGAACGAAGACCAAGAAAUCAGUGCUAUAAAUACCAAUGCUGAAGAAACUCGAAGCAUGAUGGAGAUUCAGAUGGGGAAAAUGGAUAAACUUGAGCGAAAAGCUCAUAAUUUGAACUAUGCUAUUACCAAUACUUUACGGCCAAAGUCCCAAUACUCCAAAAGAUCUAUCCACUUGCUUAAGAAAGAUGACAAUGAUGUCGCUACUCCAGUUCAGAAGAACAAAAAGAAAAAGAGGCCUAAGUCAAGUGUCUUCUUUAAUAAAAGUGAGAACGUGCAGGAGAUCAAGAGCUUUGCCUCAAAAUAAGGUUAAACUCUACGUAAUGUACGGAACAUCAAAAGCUACACUUAAGCAAGCUAGAAAAAUGAAUAAAAUGUUCCAAGAUGAUGACAAGAAGCCUAAAUAAAUCCCAGAAGGCCUAUAAGAUCCUUGGAGCUGGACAUAUAACCAAAUAAAGGAGAAUCAGAGGAAAUUUCUGCAUCUAAAAGAAUCAUGAACAACCUUAAUUCUUACCUGAAUAAAAGGAAAGAAUUCACAAGUUUAGUGAAAAAGCAAUCUAAUGGAUCUUCAAUUGACAUAAACAGCGAUCUAAAUACUCUGGAUAAGGCUAAAUACUUCAGGAAUCCACAUAAGAAUAAGCGAAUUUGGAGUGCAAAAGCUGAGAGUCGGAAAAUAAAAGAGAGACAAAGAUCUUGAAUAAUCAGGUCCUCUCAAGCUACUCCAUCCUCACACAAAAAGAGCGUGGCUAUAUACACAGAUUACAAAGACAGUGCUCUCAUGAGUGCUAGUCCUCUGAUGGGUUUAUUUGAGCCUGCUAUAAAUCAAAUCAACAAGAAAAACCCACUUGGUCUUAACAAGAACGAUGGGAGAUUUAAAAUUCUCUCAUCACUUAAAAGGGAGAUAAAGAGGCUGAACAAGUCUAAGAACAAGAUCAAAAGGAGCAUUAUGGCCUAA